UACUAAGUUUCAUUCUGCUAAUGAUGUAUGAUUUUUUAUUUCACUAAGGAUGAAAUUUACCACUCGAAUUUUAGAUUAACGUAUUUCAUGGUGAUUUAUGCAUUGUUUUUUAGGUUUAUUUAAUUUAGGUUUAUUUAAAAUUUUUUGGUAUGAUGGAAGAACUACAUAAAAAAAUUGGAGCCGUUUUUUUACCUGGUGAUGUUAUUCUACCCUCAACAAAUGCUGAAACUUUAUUUGGUGCAAAAACUAGAUUUGGAGGAGGUAUUAGGCAAGAAGGAGCAAGUAUUGUUGCAUUCAAAGCUGGAAUUUUGAAAGUAAGUGAAUCAAGAUGUUGUAUUUGGAUUGAAACUAACCAAAAGCGAUACGUAGGAACAAAAAAUGACACAAUAAUUGGUAUAAUAACAAGUAGAGGCAUUGAUAGUUACAAAGUAGACAUUGGCUGCAGUCAUUUAGCAAGCUUAAACAAUCUCGCAUUUGAAGGUGCUACGAAAAGGCAUAAGCCUAACUUAAAGAUUGACGAUCUUGUCUUCGCAAAACUUAUAGUUGCAAAUAAAGACAUGGAACCAGAAUUAUCAUGUGUGGAUGAACAUGGUAAAAGUAACAAUCUUGGUCCUAUUAAUGAUGGAUAUAUGUUUGCGGUUCCAUUCGGUUUAAGUCGGCAACUGCUAAAAAUGCCAGAAAGUAGAGUCCUUAGCUUGCUAGGCAAACAUUUUUGCUUUGAAAUUGUAAUUGGCAUGAAUGGGCGAGUGUGGAUAAGCGCGAAAAAUAUCAUCGACACAAUAGCGAUAUCGAAUGCUAUUAUCAGUGCGCAAUUUAUGGAAGAUAACCAAAUAACUGUUAUGGUAAAACAGUUGAUUGAUAGCAUCGCUGGAUUUAAUGAUGAAGAUUAGAAGACGUUAUCUUUGCGUGAUUAGUUUUCGUGUAGCUGUGUUAUGCAUGUCGUAUAAACACUUAUAAGCAUAUUCAGGCUCAGUUACUUAAAAAUCAACAUAAUUUCGAGGUUCAGUUGAACAGAUAUUCUAAAUCUUCGUGAAUCUUAAGUUCAAUAACUUUUGUUGAGAAAUUUUCUUUCCCCGAAAAUAGUUUGUUAAAUAUACCAAAGCCUGUUUUCAAGUUUUCAUAUGCUUGUAACAAGACUGUAUAUACGUGUCUGAUUACCAUUAAAAUUUAUUGCAUGGUUUUAGUAACCAGUAACCAAACCAGAA